CGUGAACGGCGGGCCAUGCUGGCGUUGCGGACGGCGCUGGGCCGCUGCCUGGCGGGGCCGGCCCGCGGCGGGGCCGCCGUCCUGGGGAGCGCCCGCGGCGGCGACGGGGCCGCUCGCAGUCCCUUUAUUCAGACAGCCAGAUGUUACGCCAGACCUGUGAGGAGAAAGAGGAAAGACAUCCCCAGCCAUUUGGAUGAUCUUCCUCCUACAAUGCUGAAGAAGGAUUAUGCCAAUGUCCCAAUAAUAGAUAGUGUUGAUGAUGUAGUGAGAAGACUGUUGUCACUGGAAAUGGCAAGCCAGAAGGAGAAGAUGAAAAUAAAGACACAGCAGCUGGUGGAGAAGGUCAGGAGGUCUCCCAACGACAAUGGCUCCUUUGAGGUGCAAGUUGCUGCGUUGACUGCCAAGAUACGCACUUACGAGGAACAUCUUCAGAGGCAUCCCAAGGAUAAAAAUAACCGUCGUCGCAUGCUGAUGGCUGUAGAUCGCCGGAAGAAACUGCUUGCAUAUCUUCGCCGUGUCCGCUAUGAUACCUUUGAAAACACCUGCAAGCAGCUGAAUAUCCAGUACACCCUACCCCCUCCCUACUCCAGAAGGGUCACCAAGCGCUGGGUUGUGAAGAAGGCUUUCUGUCUCAAGGUUUUUCAGGAGGUGCGGAAGCUGAAAGCACCGGAGAGGCUAAAGCAGAGAAGAGAGUGGCAAGCAAGAGCGAGAGCUGCAGAGGAGAAACAGGCGCAGUGCGAGGGGACGCCCGUGUAGUGGCACGUUGAGGCUGACACAGCCGGUCUCUUUAACAAUAAAUGACUACCUAAAGACCUAAAGCCUCUUUGCUUACGUGCGUACCUGAUCUGCGCCACGGUGCGCGCCCGGAAAAGUGCAACGAGUGGUUUAAGCCUUUUAGAAGUUUAAUUUAAGGCUGAUGCGCUGGGCUGCGCUGUGAGCAGUUCCAUCUGUGUGAGAGGAGUACCUGGGGGGGCUUCACCACCGCCUCGUGGCAGGGAAGGCAGCGAUGUCUUUGAGAACACCUCCGAGCCGUGUCUGUCUCCUGUCGCUCCCCGGCGAGCCUGUAGGAUUGCGCUGUCAAACAGCAUUGACCCAGCCGCUCGGCAGCAUUCGGCAGGGAUUUGGGCUGUGGGAUGACAAAUGAGAGAGAAUGAGGUGAAAUGCUGGUUAUUUGGAAACAAAGCAGCCCUGACAGUAGCUCAAAGUGCCGUUUUUUCUCGGAGGAAAACGCGGGUUGGUUCGGAGCUCUGCAGCUGUAGAAAUCGCGUUAAUAAUCAAGUCUGUAAUUUCCCAGUGGACUUACAUGCUUACAUUCGUUCUCUGGCAAUCAUCCCUCGGUCAUUCUCAAACUUGGUGAUUUUGUGUGUUACACCAAAAACGGCGCUAAUGGCGGCUAAAGGAGAACUAACGAUUACGGUGGCGCCUGUUGGCCGCCCUGGACUGUCCCUGUGGUUACCCAGUCAGGCCCCGGGUAGCGCGGAGCUCUUUUUUUAUUGCAUUAAA